GGAAGCCAGAAGGGAUCACCAUAAGAUGAAUUUCACCCAGCAUCGUGGGACACUCCAGCCUCUCCAUUUCUGGAACCACAGCUACAGACUGCACGGAGGAGCCAGCGAGCCAAAUGCAAAGGUCCACUCCUCAGGAGGCUGCUACGAGCAACUCUUUGUAUCCCCUGAAGUGUUUGUGACUCUGGGCAUCAUCAGCUUGCUGGAGAAUGUCCUGGUCAUUGUGGCCAUAGCCAAGAACAAGAACCUCCAUUCACCCAUGUACUUCUUCAUCUGUAGCUUGGCAGUGGCUGACAUGCUAGUGAGCGUGUCUAAUGGAUCAGAAACCAUUGUCAUCACGCUGCUGAACAAUACAGACACAGAUGCACAGAGCUUUACCAUAAACAUUGACAAUGUCAUCGACUCAGUCAUUUGCAGUUCCUUGCUUGCAUCAAUUUGCAGCCUUCUCUCAAUAGCAGUGGACAGGUACUUUACUAUCUUUUACGCCCUCCAGUAUCAUAAUAUCAUGACAGUGAAGCGUGUAGGGGUUAUCAUCACAUGCAUCUGGGCUGCUUGCACGGUCUCAGGCAUUCUGUUCAUCAUUUACUCUGACAGCAGUGUUGUCAUCAUCUGCCUAAUCAGCAUGUUCUUCACUAUGCUCAUUCUCAUGGCAUCCCUCUAUGUCCACAUGUUUAUGAUGGCUCGUAUGCACAUUAAAAAGAUUGCUGUUCUUCCAGGGAGUGGCCCUGUUCGCCAAGGGGCCAACAUGAAAGGGGCUAUCACUCUCACCAUCCUGAUUGGAGUUUUUGUUGUGUGCUGGGCUCCAUUUUUCCUACACCUGAUUUUCUACAUCUCCUGCCCCUACAACCCUUACUGUGUGUGCUUCAUGUCUCACUUUAACUUCUACCUCAUCCUCAUCAUGUGCAAUUCCAUCAUUGAUCCACUUAUCUACGCAUUCCGGAGUCAGGAGCUCAGGAAAACAUUCAAGGAGAUUAUAUGCUGCUGUAGCCUGAGAGGGCUUUGUGAUUUCCCUGGCAAAUAUUAAACCUAAUGGAUGGAUAUGUUACUGUAUACACAACAGGCAGCACAGAUUUUGAAGCCUUGAGAUCCUCUUUCUAAGCAGAGUUUGGUUCAAUCUUUAAGAACGAGCUCCUCUUUCUGUCUCCCCCUCCAACCUCCACCCCCAUUCUUGUGUCCCAUUCAUGUGGAAAUCAUAUUUCUGUAUAAUGUUUAUGAUAUCUAUAGUUUGUAAUUUAUUUGGCUGGAAGGAGCAGUAGCACUUCAUAUCAGUUUGUA